AUGUCUGGAAGGCUGUGGUCCAAGGCCAUUUUUGCUGGGUAUAAGCGGGGUCUCCAGAACCAAAGGGAGCACACAGCUCUUCUUAAAAUUGAAGGUGAUUAUGCCCCAGAUGAAACAGAAUUCUAUUUGGGCAAGAGAUGCACUUAUGUAUACAAAGCAAAGAACAACACAGUGACUCCAGGCGGCAAACAAAACAAAACCAGAGUAAUCUGGGGAAAGCUAACUCAGGCCCAUGGAAACAGUGGCAUGUUUCAUGCCAAGUUCCAAAGGAAUCUUCCUGCUAAGGCAGGAAGCCUGUCAUGGGGACACAGAAUCCGAGUGAUGCUGUACCCCUCAAGGAUUUAAACUAAUGAAAAGUCAA